GGUUUGCUGUUGCAGCGUCAACCCCCCCGGAUUUCGCGCGAUCGCAAAGCAGCCGCCGUCGCCGCUGCUGCUGCUGCUUGUGGUGUGAAUCGUUCGUAAAACACAGUGCGAGCAAAAAGAAAGAAGAAAAUACGUCGAUUUGCGCGUAGUUUAUACGUUCGUCGAGUGCGAUUCGAGUAAAAAAACAAGUGCGUCGAUAAGAGCGUGGAAAAAUGGAGGCGAUAAAGAAGAAAAUUGCCUCGCUGAAGCAGGAGAUGGACCUGGCCAACGAGAAGGUCGAGGCGAACGAGGUGAAGGCCAAGCAGGAGAACACCCGCGCGGACAUGAUCUACGACGAGGUGCGCGACCUCGAGAAGAAGCUCGUCCAGAUGGAGAAGGACUUUGUGACGGCCAAGGAGACCCUCGACGCCCAGACGGCCGAGCUCGAGCGCGUCGAGAAGGCCUACACAAAGGCUGAACAAAAUCGGUCGAGCAUGACGAAACGCGUGAGCGACAUCGAGACCCAAUUAUUCAAAAAGGAAGAGCUGAGAUUAUCGGCGCAGAUCAAACUGGCCCGAGCCACCGAGCUCAAUGACGACGCUAGACGUAUGUGCAAGGUACUGGAGGAGCGCAACCGAUUGGACGAGGAGCGCAUGGAGAAGCUGACCAACGAGCUGAAAGACGCGCGUUUGAUAGCCGAGGACGCCGACCAGAAAUCCGACGACAUCAGCACAAAGCUCUCGCUGGUCGAGGAGGCCGCCGAGGCAGCCGAGGAGCGCGUCAAGACCAGCGAGGCCAAGAUCAUCGAGCGCGAGGACGAGCUCUUUAUCGUGCAGAACAUUGUCAAGUCACUGGUAGUCUCCGAGGAGAAGGCCAACGCUAGGGUGGCCGACAUGAAGGAGCAGCUGAAAGAGCUGAAAAAGAGACUCAAAGAGGCGGAGAAACGAGCUAUACUGGCUGAGCGCACCGUCAAGAAGCUACUCAAGGAUGUCGAUUUCAAAGAAGACGAGCUGCGGGAAGAGAAGGACAAAUACAAGUCGCUGUGCCACGAGCUCGAUGCCACCUUCGCCGAGCUCACGGGCUUCUAGAGAUAAGUCAUCGUCCUUAUAUUAUACAUUUGUAUCCAUCGCUGCUUCUUACACCGCCAUUGAACAAAACAAUCCCAACGCACAUACGCAUUUUUACGCGCUUUCGCCGUAAUUGUAGCUUUCUCACUUUCGCACUAUCUGCUCUCUGCUUUUGUCAUUGUCUUGCUUAUUUUUUUUUCAUUUGCUUGCUGUAUAAAAUAAAAAAAAAUAGAAAAAAUAAAACCCAAUUACGGCGUGUGUACACACGAGUGCGUGUGCGCGCAUAUGUGCGUGUGUAUGUGCUUGAUACCAAAUGACUACACGUAUUGCCAAUCGACGACGAAAGAAAAAUAAAAAAGCUCCGACCUCGUUCCACAUCGAGAGAGACGACGAUCACCGCCAGGACCACAGACGCCGCCAGCCACGACGACAACAUCAUCGCAAUCAUCGAUCAUCAUCGGUUAUUAUUAUUGUAUUUAUUUAAAUUAUAAUUUUAAUUAUUAUUAUUAAUGCUAUUAUU